AUGUUGAAUUUUAAAUUUAAAAAAAUAAUUACAAAAAAAACGAAAGAUUCCCCCAGGGCAGAAGUUUUAAAAGAAUUAUUGAAAGCCAGAAAGGAUAAACUCAAAGAAUUUCAUUUAGAAAAAGGUUUAGACGAAUUAAUCUUAGAAAUUAGAUACUUAGAAAAUAAUGGUGAUGCAACCAAGGAAUGUGAUCUCGAAACAAAAGCAGAAAAUCCUCUUUACAUUAAAGGAUUAGUUGGAGCAAUCAAGCCUCUUCCUAUUGUUGGAACUUUGGAUCAGUUAAUAUUAGAAAAUUUAGGAAGGAGAGGAGAAGAACAUUAUCUAGUUAAAAAUGGAGAAGAUGAUUUACUGGAAGGACUUGAUUUAAAGGAUAAACUUGAAGAAUAUUUAAAGCAUUUUAAGGCAAAAGACUUGAUUUUAGUACUUGAUGACGAAGAAAAAAAAUUAGAAACUUCUAUUCAAGAAGAAUUAGACAAAAAUACUCCCGAAACGGAUCAAGUAAAAGCUUUGUUUGACAAAAUCAAAGGUAAAGCUGAUUUCUUAACCGAACUUCCAACUAUCAGCGGAGAAACUAGUUUGAAUACUUUAACAGCCAUGGUCGCUAAGAAACCAGAAGAAAUCAUUAAAAUUGCCAAGGCUUUAGGUAAAACUAAGGAAACUGAUUUACCGGAUAAUGAUAUUCCGGAGAAUUUAGUUAAGGUUGAGACUGGAGAACUAACGGUCGACAUGACUAAGAAUUACAAUGCUAGUUUACAAGAAAUCACUACUAAAAAACCUGAAGACCCCGAAAAGGAAACUAAAAAGCUAUCUUUCUUGCGUUUAGAUAAUCCUAAAAUGUAUGCAACUGGAGCAUUAGCCAUCGGAUUAGUAGGAGUAGUUAUUUUCUGA